UCCACACGACAACUGACGACCAUCGCAACCCCAUCACAAUCGAAAAUGGGUGCCCUUAAGUACGUCGAAGAACUUCAGAAGAAGAAGCAGUCUGAUGUGCUGCGCUUCCUUCUCCGUGUCCGCUGCUGGGAGCUUCGCCAACUGAAUGUCAUUCACCGCGCAUCCCGCCCAUCGCGACCAGACAAGGCCCGCCGUCUGGGUUACAAGGCCAAGCAGGGCUAUGUCAUCUACCGCGUCCGUGUUCGCCGUGGUGGACGCAAGAAGCCAGUGUCCAAGGGUGCCACUUUCGGCAAGCCCACCAACCAGGGAGUUAACCAGCUGAAGUACCAGCGCUCCCUCAAGUCGACCGCUGAGGAGCGUGUCGGCCGCCGCUGUGCUAACUUGCGCGUCCUGAACUCGUACUGGAUCAACCAGGACUCCACCUACAAGUACUUCGAGGUCAUCCUCGUCGAUCCCCAACACAAGGCCAUCCGCCGCGAUCCCCGCAUCAACUGGAUCGUCGCCCCCGUCCACAAGCACCGCGAGUCGCGUGGCCUCACCGCCACCGGCAAGAAGUCCCGUGGUCUCGGAAAGGGUCACGGCUUCAACCACACCACCGCCGGUCGCCGCAAGACCUGGAAGCGCCACAACACCCUCAACCUCCAGCGCUACAGAUAGUCUGGGAGUCAUUAGGAAGGAGAUUUCGAGGAUGUUUUGCGCGAUGGUUAGCUCUGCGUGUAGUUUAUAUUGCAUCUUAGCAGUCGUGUAGGGUGCCUACCACAAUACUAAAAGGCCUCAUCAAUUUAUAUUGAUUGUGUGAACUAUAUAUCACGAUUUAUGAUUUAACUUGUGACUUCUGGGUGACAUACAUGUUUGCUUCUGCAUUGGCACUCGUGAAUACACAUCCAAUAUCAAUUGCCCCAAGAAACUACAAGCAAUUGGGCAGCAAAGUGUUUCGACACCGUCUUUUUGGAUGCACCGAGCACGUGAUCCGUCUUUCUCACGAUAGAAAAAUAGAGUAGC